CGUAACGCCAAAAAUCACACACCCUUGAAGUUUUCUAGGGUUUGUUGUUGGUGUGUGAUUCUUUUAGGGUUUCUUUGGUGGUGGCGAAGGAAAUGGGCGAGAGGCUGAGCGGGACUGUGAAGUGGUUCAAUGACCAGAAGGGGUUCGGGUUCAUAACCCCGGACGAUGGUGGGGAGGAGGUGUUCGUGCACCAGUCCUCGAUCCGAUCCGAUGGAUUUCGGAGUCUGGGUGAAGGGGAGGCCGUGGAGUACCAGAUCGAGUCAGGUAACGACGGCCGCACGAAGGCUGUUGAUGUCACCGGCCCAUCUGAGGGUCCCGUGCAGGGCAGCCGAGGAGGCGGAGGCGGUGGCGGAGGAGGCGGGAGAAGUGGACGUGGCGGAGGAGGCGGGGGAUAUGGUGGCGGUGGGUACGGUGGAGGAGGUGGUGGAUAUGGUGGGGGUGGUGGGUAUGGUAGUGGGAGAUCAGGUGGUAGAGGAGGAGGCGGCGGCGGUUAUGGGAGUGGUGGUUAUGGCGGUGGGUACGGUGGUGGAGGGGGCGGCGGGAGUUGCUACAAGUGUGGCGAAAGUGGGCAUUUUGCGAGGGACUGUUAUCAGAGUGGAGGUGGAGCCGGCGGCGGUGGAGCAGGCGGUGGUGGCGGUGGGAAUUGCUACAACUGUGGCGAGACUGGGCAUUUCGCUAGGGAGUGUCCUAACAGUGCUCGUUGAUCUGCUGGGGUAAUUGUGUUCUUCUGAACACAUUUUAAUGCUUUAUCUGGUUUAUUAUAGGAGUUGAUCUUUCGGGUGGUUUCUUGGUGACCCACUUUUGGUUUGGUGUUUAUGUUUCUGGGUCGCUCUUAUUAGUAGUCUGUUUGGAUUUAUUAGUAUUUGAUUAGUUUCUCAGAUGGGUUGCUGCUUCUAUUUUGAUGUUUCUUAUUGUCAGUGAUAGUGUGUUUUGGCUGCGACAGAGUAGAGGCUGCGAAGUGAUGAAGUAGAUGCUCAGUUUCAUGUUAACUCUCUCUGAUUUGAGUUUCUAUACACAUUAUAUGAAUACUGCUGCUUUUAGAUUCACUAGUGCUUCUCAAGAUCUUGUUUCUGGUUUGUUGUUAUAUUGUGGGCAAUAUAAGCAUACAAUAGAUCUGAAGAUUGAACAUU